CAUUCAAUGUAUGCCUCCAAUAUUCGCUCUUCCUAUAUAUAUAAACAUUCUUUACAAAUAUCUAGCUAGGGUUUGAGGGACGACUGACGAGAGAUUUAGGAAGAGAGACCACUAUCUAUCUUGGUCUCCCACUCUCUCAUAAUGGCAGGAUUGGUGUUAUCAGGGUGCGGCAUUAAACCCUUUUCCCAAUCUCUUGCCAUACCCACAAGAGGGUUUAUCCAUAAAAACGACAAGAACCCUGUCACCCUUUUACCCUCUAAGGAUCCAAUUGCAAUCUUUUCAUCAAGAUCGACGACCCCAGAUCGGUUUUCCAAAUGGGAGGUUAAAGUGAGUGCUCCAUUUAAAAUACCAUCGAUAGAUGGGGAAAAUUCAGAGCGCGAAAGAGGAGAGAGAAUCAAUUCUGAUGAAGAGAUUGUGAAAGAAGAAGAGAAAUUUGACGCAGGGGCACCACCGCCUUUCAAAUUGGCUGAUAUUAGGGCUGCUAUUCCGAAACAUUGUUGGGUGAAGGAUCCAUGGAGGUCUAUGAGUUAUGUGAUAAGGGAUGUCGCUUGUGUUCUUGGUUUAGCAGCAGCUGCAGCUUAUCUCAACAAUUGGCUUGUUUGGCCGCUUUAUUGGGCUGCUCAAGGGACCAUGUUUUGGGCUCUUUUUGUUCUUGGCCAUGAUUGUGGCCAUGGUAGCUUCUCAAACAAUUCUAAGCUGAAUAGUGUUGUUGGGCAUAUUCUACAUUCUUCAAUUCUCGUGCCUUAUCAUGGAUGGAGAAUCAGCCAUAGAACACAUCAUCAAAACCAUGGACACGUUGAAAAUGACGAAUCAUGGCACCCGUUAUCUGAAAAAACCUUCAAGAGUUUGGAUUGGAUGACACGUACACUUCGUUUCACCCUCCCUUUUCCAAUGCUAGCUUAUCCCUUUUACCUUUGGAAUAGAUCUCCGGGAAAGAGUGGGUCCCACUUUGAUCCAAGUAGUGAUUUGUUUGUUCCCGUUGAGAAAAAAGACGUGAUGACUUCAACAAUUUGUUGGACUGCAAUGUUUGCUCUGCUUCUUGGUUUAAACUUUGUUGUUGGCCCAAUGCAAAUGCUAAAACUAUAUGGCAUUCCAUAUUGGAUAAAUGUUAUAUGGUUGGAUCUUGUUACUUACUUACAUCACCAUGGUCAUGAAGAUAAACUUCCUUGGUAUCGCGGAAAGGAAUGGAGUUAUUUAAGGGGAGGAUUAACCACAAUUGAUCGUGAUUAUGGUUGGAUUAAUAAUAUUCAUCAUGACAUUGGAACUCAUGUCGUUCACCAUCUUUUUCCUCAGAUCCCACAUUAUCACCUAAUUGAGGCAACGGAGGCUGCAAAGCCAGUGCUUGGGAAAUACUACAGGGAACCGAAAAAGUCAAGGGGUUUACCUUUCCACCUACUUGGUGAAUUAAUCUCAAGCUUGAAGAAAGACCAUUAUGUUAGUGAUACUGGAGAUGUCUUGUACUAUCAAACUGACCCUAAGCUUACCACUUCUCAAAAUAGAGAUUGA